CAGUUUACUACUACUGCUGCCCGGAGUCGGAAGUUGCGUCAACGAAAGAGUUUAAGAAUAAAAAAAACAAGAUUGUACAAAGCGUAUAACGAGAACUAAGAACGAGAAUAUUAACAAUUCUGCUGUUAUACGAUUAAAACGCCUGCAUUGUUUCGCUUCCCAUUCCCUUGCAAAAUUCAUUCCAAACCAAGCAACGCUAUCAUCAGACUAAAAUCAAUAAUUUAGUUGUGUGGUUUUCGCGGCUUUUUGUGUUUUUCUUUAAAAAACAAUCAAUACCCGAAGAAUGGGCACAGAAACCAAGAGCAACAGUUACACAGGACAGAUUUCAACAAGUGGCGGCAACCCUAAAGUGAUGAAAGAUUCUUUAUCUUUAGUUCGUCAAACGGUCAAACAGCAAUCGAACCAAAUCAAUACGAAUUCCAAUUCCAAUUCCAAUUCGAAUUCAAAUUCCAACUCAAAUUCACACUCAAUCGAACUAAACACGGGCGGUGAAUUUGUUCGGCCAAAGCCGGAGGAUAAACGAACAGCGACAGCGAACAACAAACACGAGGCGAUUGCGAUUGUACCAUUUGUUCCCAUAUUCGUUGAGGAAGCAGAUGUUAUUCAAGGUGCCAAGGAUAUAUUGAGAGUUAUUCGACCGAAUUGGGACCUCAAUCACAUUGACUUUAAGAAAUUUACCGAUGGCAUAACAAAUAAGCUUGUUGGCUGUUUUCACAAUAGUUCCAAAUUAGACAGGGAUAAUGACGACACCUAUUUUGAUUUGUCCAUCAACAAUGCGCAGAGCAUUUUGCCGGUGCCGUCUGAAGAUCCGGUUAUCAUUCACGAGGAAUUUACAACCGUUGAUGAUAGAGAGCAAAGGGAGCAAAACCGUUCACCUCUACAAUACUCCGAUAACGUAGUCCUCGUCCGUGUCUAUGGAAAUAAAACGGACCUAUUGAUCGAUCGGAAGGCUGAAACGCAAAAUUUUCAAUUACUGCAUACGUACGGCUUGGCGCCGUCACUCUACGCCACCUUCAAGAACGGGCUCGUCUACGAAUAUGUGCCGGGCAACACACUGAAUACGGAGAGUGUCCUCUGCCCGGAUAUUUGGCCACUGGUCGCCCGUCGCAUGGCCGAAAUGCAUCGUGUGGUCAAAAAGAAGACCAACGGCGAUGCCAAAACAAUGCCAAUGAUAUGGAAAAAGACGCAAAGCUUUCUCGAUUUAGUACCUGAACGAUUUACCGAUGCGGACAAACACAAAAGAGUGAAAGGAACAUUUUUACCUAUUGAGCGACUGCGCGAGGAGUUUAAUGGCUUGUACAAAUACUUGGAGGCAUUGGAGAGUCCAAUUGUUUUCUCACAUAACGACCUGUUGUUGGGCAAUGUGAUCUACACGAAAUCGAUGAACGCUGUCAACUUCAUCGACUACGAGUAUGCCGAUUAUAAUUUCCAGGCCUUCGACAUUGGUAAUCACUUUGCGGAAAUGUGCGGGGUCGACGAGGUCGACUACACCCGAUACCCCAAGCGGGAGUUCCAACUGAAAUGGCUGCGAGUUUACCUCGAGAACUAUCUGCAGCGGAACAACAUUCGCAGCGACGAAGUUGAGCGCCUCUUCGUUCAAGUCAAUCAGUUUGCACUAGCCGCACACAUUUUCUGGACGGUCUGGUCUCUAUUGCAAGCCGAGCAUUCCACUAUUGACUUUGAUUAUGUUGGCUAUGCAUUUCUUCGUUACAACGAAUAUUUGGCCCGCAAGGAGGAGUUUCUAUCAUUGACGACGGCAUCCGAGAACAAUAAAUGAUUUUUUCUUCGAAAUUCGAAAAGUAAAGGAAUCGAAAAACACAGUCAUGUGUGUCCCCCCAGUGAUGUACUUAUAUAUGUGUAUAUACAUAUGUGUAUAAACUAUGGCUGCCGUUGUUGAUAUAUAUAAUGUAUGUAUAUGUACAAUGUACAUAUAUUAUACAUAUAUGUAUAUAUGUAUAUGUAUAUACCUACCAUGCGUUCACAAACUACUUAAGCCGUAGUCUAUGCAUAUAUAUAUAAUGAAUUUGUAUAUGUUCUAUAAUUUGUAUAUUGAUAUUUAGGAAUCAUAAAUAAACAAAAACUUAAAUAU